UGAUCUUGAAAUAUUGAUGUCUUACAAGAUGAGUCCUGUCUUCAAACAUUUUAAGUUUUGUGUGGACCAACGUUGAGUACAUCUUUGAAGAUCUUAGUUUUUUUUAAAUUUAGGUGUUUUUCUCUUGCAAUGACCAUGUCUGAAAUUUUGAAUCUUCAUCUUAAACAAUAUUUGAAAGUUAAAGUCAAGAAAAUUUCGAAUGAUGCUGGACAAAAGAGAACCACCUGCGAAACUUUUAAUCUGGACCCUCAGGCUAUAAAUUAUAACUCAUUAAGAAAUACAUUGGCUCGCAUAUUCAAAAUUGAAGGGGAAUUUACAAUCAGUUUUAAGAAAGACAAAGAAUACGUUCCGCUGACCUCAGACUGGGAUUUGGAUGGUGCCAUCUUUGAAGCUUCUAAACCAUACUUAUCGCUGGCUAUCGAGUCACUUCCCAUAGAUAAAACUUUGGAAGAGUGGGACAUCAUUUGUCCAGCAGACAUCCCUCCCAUGGAAUUAGAAUCUUCACGAUGUUCGGAAGAAAGGAGGAGUCUAGCAGGUUCCAUCAUCAGCCAGAUGGAAAGUGCCAUGCAAAGGGUACAGCGUGCACUGAGCUUAGAAUCGAGCUGUGAUGAGCGCCAGAAGCUUCCCCUGGACGAAAUCGAAUUCAAGAACUUGCAGGACAAGCAGGGAAGAAUCCUGAACCACCGAGAGCUGCAUAUGUCCGUCUUCCAGGGUGGAGUGGAGCCCUCCAUGCGACCGACCGUUUGGAAGCAUCUUCUCAACGUCUUUCCACACGGAAUGACAGAGGAGGAGAGAGACACCUAUCUCAAUUCCAAGUCUGCAGAAUACUACAGACUGCGAUACCGAUGGCAGCAUUUAAUACACAGAGGCAAAAUUCCAGAUGUAUUGCAAGACAUUACGAACCUCGUACGAAAGGACGUGAGGAGGACUGAUCGCACCGAAAAGUUUUAUGCAGGAUCUGAUGAUAACGAGAACGUGAAAGCUUUGUUCAAUAUCCUCACCACAUAUGCUGUUAACCACCCCAGUGUAUCUUACUGUCAAGGCAUGAGCGACCUGCUCUCACCGAUCUUGUACGUUAUGAAAAAGGAAGCUCAUGCCUACAUCUGCUUCUGCGGUCUCAUGAAAAGAACUCAGUCAAACUUCAAAUUGGACGGUCGUUCGAUGAAACUGAAGUUCCGGCAUCUCCAGAGGAUGAUAAGAUUCUAUGAUAAAGAGCUGUAUACAUAUUUGAAAAACGAAGGAGCUUUAGACUUGCUAUUCUGCUAUCGAUGGUUGCUUCUUGAUCUGAAACGGGAAUUCCCAUACCAGGAAAUGCUUAGCAUGAAAGAAGUUCUUUGGGGAUCUCUACCACCGAAACCACCUCAGACAGAAAUAGAGUUGUAUGAAGUGAAAUUUCCAACAGCUGCUAUCUGCAGUCCUUUUAAAGACAGGACAAAGUCGGAAGAUCGUUUGAAGUUUGCAGAGGAUCAUUUCGGGACGUCUCAUGAUGGCCAUUCUCUUUCGCAGUCGAUGUCCAGUAACCCCACUGCUAAAGCUCUCAAGAAAUGGGCAAUGAGGGUUCGACGGGAAUCCAUUGCAAGGAACAUGGACUCGUCAGGAAGUAUCACGGAGGGAGAAAUCAAACUACCAGUACAUUACAAGCAAAAGAAAUAUCGUAAAUACAUCACCGGGAAACUUGGAAGACUUAACAGGAACGCUUCUGGAUCAGACCUUGAUAUCCGUAUACCCAAAAAACCAGCAAUAGCAACAGAUCUGUGCAUGAGUUAUGCUUGCGGGGAAGUUUUUUCAGAACAGCAGCAAGUGAUGGACGUCGUCGUGUUUGAUGCUCACGAAUACUUACGUACUCAAUGGUGCUAUUCCAACACUGUCAACGAGAUUCAGUUGAACAACUGGCUGAAUGGACGUCGCUUUCAGAUAACAGAAUGUGCAGUUGGUGGCAAAGAUGGCGAAGAACCCGUUGUCAACAGUUCUAGCAACCGACAUCGUCAUGGAAGUAACGAUUCAAAUUACGGUACACUGUCGGAAGGAGUUUCCAGUGACGAAGAAGGUUGCUUACAAAAGGAUGACGAAAGCGAUGGAUACUCGUCUGACGGCGAUUCGAAAGAAGCAUCUACUGUAGAGCAUGAUUACGAUUCCAGCACCGACGAUUACGAAUCGUAUGACGAUUUUCUGGACUCUAUGGCCGGCAGACAGUACGAAGAAGUAAAUGAGUAUUUUGAUAGAAAAAAAGAAAUGCUACCUCCACCACAUGUCCUAGGCGACGGAAACCCCUUCCUACUAUUCCUGUGUGUAGAGUUGAUUGAACAGCAUAGAGAAGAAAUUUUCAGACGAAAGCUUGAUUUUAACGAGUUAGGAAUUUAUUUCGACAAAUUGGUGAGAAAACACAAAUUUCCAAAAGCAUUGAAAAAGGCCCAGAAAAUGUUUAGGGAAUACUUAAACAUGGGUUGGGAUGUGGAAGAUGUUGGAAAUAUUAGUGACAGCCCUGAUUUUUAAGCUAAUGAGUUUUAUUUAUGUAACUCAAGUCGAGUUUUUAAAUGUUUUAAAACUACGAAACUGCGUAAAAGUGUUUACUGAUUAAGGUUUAAGUACAAAACGAAGGAGUUCUAAUCAUUCGAUUGCACUGCCAUUUUGAAAUGUUUCUUGGGCAAUUCAUAGGAUGUGCUAGAGUUCUUGUAUGAAACAUUAGGUGAAAGGGAAGGUGCGAAAGAAAAUGUUUUACUAUUUUGAUAAUAACUGUAGACCAGCUCUCUUUAUCAGAUUUAAUUACUUUCGGAAUCUUCGUAUUUUGUUAUGUGAUAAUUUUUUGUACAUACGAAUUGUAAAUAGUAAUUUUUUUACAUUCCAUGAAACGUUUUAUGUCUGCUGCUUUGUUAAAUGUGUACUUUUUUAGCGUGCUCAAAAUUUUUGUUUUAUGACGUGUUUAAAUGAAAUGGAAUCUUCAUUGUGUUUUUAAUUUUGGUUCUGAAAUACUCGUCAAGUUCUAUUUUAAUUGAAAUGCUUAUGAAAUGUUCAAUUUAUAAAAUACAUUGCAGUUAUAAACCUAGGGGAAAAAGAAAAUCCCGAGUUUUUAUUUUUUCAAUUUUGUUAAUGAAAUAUUUUACUUACUUUUUAAAACUCUUAUAUAAAAUCUGUCCAUUGUUUCAAUAUUCUACGAUCAGUUAAUUUCUGAACAUUGCAAAAGUUUGUUUUGAAAAUCAUUUAACUCACAGCCAUAUGUUAUUUUAUCUAACUGUACACUUGAUUUAAUGUUCAAAAUAGAAAGAAACUGUCUUAUCCGAAUGGGACUAUCUUAUAGAAUGUGAAGAUUGAAACUAUAAUCAUUUGAAUAUAAAUGAAUAUAUAUAUUUCUAUCUUUUUAUUUCGGUAAUCUCUAAUACUAAUUGAUAAUCGCAUACUAAGUUUUUCGAAAUUUAUCAUUAGUAAUAAUUGUAGUAGUCAAAACGACAGCUAUAUUGAUUUCAGUGUGAUUCUAUUGCCACAAACUAUUUUUUAACGAAAAUUUGAUGGACAACUGAAUUUUAACAAUGAUAGCGAUGUCUUAAUUAUAAGUACAGUCAAACUUCGUUAUCGCCACACCCGGAUUUCAUGACACUCCGGAUGUCACGUCAUUUUUUCAAAGUUCCGAACUUAUGCCAUAUGAUUUUAAUGUUAAGAGGCUCCGGAUAUUGCGACAGUUCUUUUCGUGCAACUCCGGUUAUGACGACGCUUUGAGCUGCGCUGACUGGAUUGAAUAUUUCUUUGCAAUUAAUAAAAAUAUUCAAUAAAAUAAUGAAGACAUCUGGAAAUGUUUGUUGUAGGAACUUUGGACUCUGGCAAGAGAUUUGACCAGGCAUGACACCUCCAGAAUGGUGGGGGGCGAGUAGAUAAGUUCUGAAAGGUACAGGUUUCAGAAUUUGACAAGAGGACAAUAGAAAGGAAUUCAAAGCAGGUGGAUUGUAAUACUAUACAAGGGAAACAGCAAGAAAAAGACCAUAGCUACGUUAAGCUAUAGGUGGCAAUGUGGUCACAACAAACUUCUCCCAUGAGACAAAAAGAGAUAAGGGGCUCCUCAUUAGAUUGAAAAGGGACACACAACUCUUAAAGUGGAUCAAAAUGUUAGACAGGGUUUUUUCACCUUCGAAAGGUGAGGCUUAGCCGUCAAAAUCUAGUCAAAUUGCGGACAAAAGUGAAGAGCUUUGAAUUGGUUUCUUUCUUGCUGGUAAUUUCGUGGAAGGAGUGUGACAAAUGUUAUUCAAAAAUUUAUUAAACAUUUUAUUGGAAAGUAUUGUAGAAAAGAAAAAAAAAAGAAAAAAUAAUAAUAAGUGAAGGGGUAUAUAUAUAUAUAUAUA